UUGGGGCAGCAGGACUCUGUUCUCUUGGUUUGUUCCUUCAUACCCUCCGGGGGGGGGGCGGACAAACAAAUCUGCCAAAGAUCAGUGGUUGGGUUUUGAGUUAAAAUUAAAACCAAAUAUGUUUUACACCCCAGAAGCAUCAAAUGGGGUUUUUUUAAGGUUAAAAACAGGCAAGAGCAGAAUACGCUGGCGUAUUAAAACAGCCCAGGGACUGUGCCUGCAGUUGGGAAAUGCCCCCGUGCCCCCUCGCUUUUGAGGCUCCGCAGUUCCCAGCUCCAAAAGCGGGUGCUGAUCCCCGGCCACGCUCACUUGGGUGCGACGGGGGCUCGCGUAGGGCCUGAUCCUGCGGCGGAGGGCGGGUGCGUAGCGCAGGGCUGCUCCUCUCCCUGCAGCUCAGCCCGCGCUGAGCCCGGUGAAGGACGAAGCCUGGGGAGGUCUGUGGGGAUGCGCAGCAAGGGCUGAUCCGCAGAGAUAACGAGGGCAAGGAAUAUUGCUGGGCUUCAGCCUUCCCUCCCUGGGCCUCUUCAGGGCAGAAGGAUCCUGGGGAUACCUGGAGGUAUUGCCAGAGGGGAAGAAACCAUCAAGAUUUGGAGAAUAAACUACCCUGGGAAAUUAUUCUCGCCGUGAGCCCAGCAGCUCACCCCUUUUACCAGGCAUAUUUUGACCCUCAUCCCACGUUCAGUUCGUCUUAAGCCUUUACGUUUGACACAAUUAAUGAGCAAAUAUCUGUUUUAUUUUCUGUUUCAACAUUCAGGCUUUGCAUAAUGUUAGGAAGCGCGGCCGCUUUUCUUUUAAUUUGGAGGGAGUCCCUUUUUUGCAGAAGGUGGACGGACGCGCUCCCGGGAGACAGCCGCCGGGGCAGAGUCAGGGUUUGAGGUGGCUGCUGCCAGACCCCACAGCUCAGCCUGCUCGUCUUUAGCUGGAGAGGGUGAGCGCUGGGUUAUUCCGUCGCUCCUAACCCUGCCAGGAAAGCCGCUCUGAGAGCCCUCAGCGCUGCCUUCAGCAACACGCUGCCUGCAGAGGGAUGGUCUUAAAAUGAAAAGGUGCUGCGAGGGCGUUGGGCUGCCAUGCCUGUUUAAGGGUGUUGGUAUGGCCAGUCCCCGGCCUCCCAAAUAUCUCCUCGUCUUUGAUUUCGACGAGACCAUCAUCAAUGAGAACAGCGACGACUCCAUCGUCCGGGCAGCGCCGGGGCAGGCGCUCCCAGAGCACAUCCGACAGACCUUCCGCGAGGGCUUCUACAACGAGUACAUGCAGCGCGUCCUGGCCUACAUGGGGGACCAGGGGGUCAAGAUGGGGGACUUCAAGACUGUCUACGAGAACAUCCCCCUGUCCCCCGGCAUGCCAGAUCUCUUCCAGUUCCUCUCCAAGAACCACGAGCUCUUCGAGAUCAUCCUCAUCUCCGAUGCCAACAUGUUCGGCAUCGAAUGCAAUCUGAGGGCAGCUGGUUUCUACUCUCUCUUCCGCAAGAUUUUCAGCAACCCAUCCGGCUUUGACAAGAGGGGGUACUUCACCUUGGGGCCCUACCACAGCCACAAGUGCCUUGACUGCCCGGCCAACAUGUGCAAACGCAAAAUCCUAACGGAGUACCUGGCGGAAAGAGCCCAGGAGGAGGUGGAGUUUGAGAGGGUCUUCUACGUGGGAGAUGGUGCCAAUGACUUCUGCCCUUCCGUGACUUUGACUUCAGCUGACGUGGCUUUCCCGCGGAAGGGCUACCCCAUGCACCGCAUGACCCAGGAGAUGGAGAAGAAGCAGCCUGGAACCUUCCAGGCCACUGUUGUCCCGUGGGAGUCAGCCGUGGAAGUUGCCCGCUACCUCCAGGAGAUCCUCAAGAAGAAGUGUUGAGGAUGGCUUGGAAGAGACUUGCUUCCCAUAAGCAGCUGGGAAAGGAGAAGCUUGGGGCGGGGGGUGUCACGUCCUGUACCCCACGCUUAUCAGCACUGCUUGCUCGGCCCCCACUCGUGGGUUGCUUUCCUGCCUUUCCUCUCUGAGCUCCUUCCUCCCCGGUGACUAAAGCACUUUCUCUAGGUUCCCCCUUCUCCCCCUGCCAUGUUGAGACGAAGCCUUCUCUAUGCAGCUCGGACAUCUACUCCAGCGUGGGUGUUUGCUCACAUUAAUGGUGAUUGUUUUCUGUUGUUUGUUUGAGUUGGGUUUUUUUUUUUCCCUUUUGACUCCCCUAAAAGACCAGAAGCCAGCUCCUGCCGUGGGCUGAGCCCUGCACAUGCUUCCUCCUGCCUUCAUCCCCCUCGCCUGCCCAACCUCUGCCGGCCACGUCAGGAGCUGCGUGCCGUUGCCUUGAACCUGACUCGAGGCCUACUUGCCUCUUCAUGAGCCCACUGGAAAUUUAAUCCAGGAAUUUCGUGCUGCCUGGGCUACCCGGUUUGCCCUCCGCACACCCCGCCUGGGCAGGGCAGCCUCUGGCUCAGCUGCUGAGCUUUGUGAUGGAGUUAAUUGUCCCUUGAGACUUUAUUCUCUG